AUGACUCUCCAAAAGAAAAUCUCAGCCUUGCUUGCCUUUGCACCUAUGUGCAUUGCGAAAUUUCAGUAUACCUACCAUGGUAUCGCUCUUGAUGGAGUACAAGCCUGUAUCGCGAACUCAGACUUCACGCCCAUCAACAUAACAUUCGAGGGCAGCUGUAGACCUGCCUUCGAGUGUGUGAUGCGAAACAUUCCAAACCAAAGACAGAGCAUCCUGUCUAGUGGAUCUGCGAUACUAGGAUUUAUACCUACAGUCCUCUUACUUCUUGGGAAUACCAAUGAAGAUAUAAUUCGAAUUAGCGCCCGAUUUCCGUUCUUAGCUUUGUGUCUUAGCAUCACCAACGUCAACAAGAAAUCAGGGAGACACAGAAAUGUGCCUGCUACGAGAAGCGGGCCAUUUCCUCUAGGGCCAUAUGGUUUCGUUCCCGAUUCGAUGAGUACUCCUAUAUUGUGGGGCAAUUAUAUUCCCGUAGUACUCGUGCAUAUUCUGGCUGCAACUGGUGCCACAGUUGUCGUUUGGCAAACUGUGGAUUUAGGAAGAAAGGCUGUCGUUACUUGGGCAUGUUGGACGGACCAUUAUCCAGUCAUCUGGAUUUGUCUCGCCGUGAUACAUCACCUGAUAGCCGUUGUAUUUCUACGAACAAGCCUUCGAAUCUCAGGGAAAUCACCGAGUGGAAAGGAUCUAGUCCCUAGGUCCGGCUUAUCGGUUUGGAAUCUUGUGCAAGAAAACCGGGAGAUUGAAUUGGUACACAGAAAGCUUAUGCGCUGGAGCAAGGCUUCUGCAGAUUUGCUCAACAAUCUCAACCUUUUAUAUGGUACGGCAGUAUUGUCGAGUUUGACCCUGGUUUCUGGUCGCAACGCCAUCAUUGUGCUUACUGUCUACGGAACCAUCGCAGCGUUUUCGCGUGCAAUGGCCAUGUGGGUUCUUGGAACAUUGGAUGAACUAGAAUAG